AUGUUAACCACUUUAAGACGAGGCACGUUAGCUCUUGCUAAGAGGCCAGCCGGGAUCGUCGGAGCUCUCGUGCUGGGAAGCCUGGGUGCCGGCGGAGCCGCCAUAGCAGCGACAGACGGCGGUUUGAAGACUGACAGCCGGCAUGUUAAGCGGCUGAUGCUUAGCGCAGAUGGGAUCGUGAGAUCGUCAAGAGCCGUGGGAACGUUCGCUAUUAACAGCAUCGACUACAAGGUGUCGGCAUUGACCAAUUCAUUGGAUAAGCUCAAGAAAGAAGCGCCAGCAGAAUAUGCACGGAUCCGGUCAGAGAUCCACCAGCGAUCAGCGGACAGGAUUCUGCGGCUGUGCGAGGCGAAUCGUGGAAUCUACAUCAAAGCAGGGCAGUUCAUUGCCACUCUGCAGCAGCUGCCUCGGGAGUACCGCACCACCCUCACUGUGCUGCAGGAUCAGGCUCGGGGCCGUCCGUUUUAUGUGAUUGACCGCGUGUUCAAGGAGGAAUUCGGCAAGAGUUCCAAGGAGAUUUUUGAGCAUUUUGAGGAGGAGGCGAUAGCAGCGGCAUCACUAGCGCAGGUGCACCGAGCAACGCUGCCAUCAGGGCAGCAAGUAGCAGUGAAGGUGCAGUCCCCACGUCUGGAGGAGCAGGUAGCAACGGACAUCUACACCAUGGGCUUUCUCUCAUCCCCUGCACCUCCCUCUCUCAUCCCCUUAAGCUCGCCUGGAGGAGCAGGUGCAGUACCCUCGCCUGGAGGAGCAGGUAGCAACGGACAUCUACACCAUGGGCUGGGUGCAAUAUCCACGGCUGGAGGAGCAGGUAGCAACGGACAUCUACACCAUGGGCUUUCUCUCGCGGGCUGUCAAAUGGACUUUGAGAAGGAGGGGCGCAACGCAGAGCUGACAGCAGAGAACUUUGCGCACAAGGAGGAGGUCAAAGUGCCCAAGAUCCUGUGGGACUUCACCACCAAGAGAGUCCUGACAAUGGAGUUUAUGAACGGGUGCAAGAUUGACGAUUUGGAGGGGAUCAAGAAGCAGGGCCUGAACCCCCUAGAGGUGGCGGCGCUGCUGGUGGAGGUUUUUGCAGAGAUGGUGUUCUGCCACGGCCACCUGCAUGGCGACCCGCACCCGGGCAAUGUGCUCAUUCAGGCACACGCACCCGGCACCACCAAGCCUGGGCAGCGGAAGUUCGAUAUUGGUGAUCCUGCUGGACCAUGGGCUCUACAGGGAGAUGGACGACGGCUUCAGAAGGGAUUUCUGCCAGCUGUGGCGCCCACUCAUUCUGUCGGUCCCCUUUACCUCUCUCUCGCUCUCGUUCCCCUUCCUCCUGUCACAGUCCUCCUGGACCAUGGGCUCUACAGGGAGAUGGACGACGGCUUCAGAAGGGACUUCUGCCAGCUGUGGCGGUCGCUCAUUCUGACGGACAUGGGGGGGGUGCAGCGGUGGGGGGAGCGGCUGGGCGUGGGGGAAUAUUCAAGGUUCCUGCCUGCGCUCUUCACUGCAAGACCCUUCCAAAGCAAAACGCGGUGGGGGCAGCGCAUGUCACCAGAAGAGGAGAAGAGCCUGCGGAGGGAGAUCAAGGCCAUCAGCCCGCAGGACCUGACGGCGUUGGUGGAGGGGCUGCCUGAAGACAUGUUCCUGGUCAUGCGCACCGACAACCUCAUUCGGCAGCACAUCACAGCGCUGGGAGCGACGCCCAAGCUGAGGCUGCAGAUCAACGGACGGUUUGCUGUGGCAGGGCUGGCUGUACGGCACUCUGAAGAAGGCCACCUGACAUCCAACCUGGCAGCUUACCUGAGAGCACAGCUAGACUUGGCGCAUUUGAUGCUCAGAAUUCGGGCAUGGGAGGUUGCCCAGACAAUAAUCGACUUAGUGCGUAAUGAUGACGGUACGACGGGAGAAUUCUCGCGCCACAGCAGCGACAACCUAAGGACCUCCGCGGCUCGGGCUGCUGACGAAGACUCGCGGCGCUCCACACAGCUCGAUCGAAAUCUCUUCGAUCUUUUACACCAAUCGGACUCUUUUCCCACGUCGCAAUCUCUCCUCGUAACGGCAGCGUCGUUGACAGCGGCGGCGGCGCUUGUCUUCUUGCACGUAGACAGCGCCGCAGCCGCCGCUGACGCUACCGCCGCCGCCUCAGCCGCCAUUGCUGGUGGCGACGCGGCUGCCGCCGCCACCACGUGGACCAAUCCCCUUCAACAGGUCGUGGCGGCGGUCGAGCAAGGCGGCGACGCGGCCGGACCGCUCGGCGGCGCCGUCUAUUUCGCCGCCGCCUACGCUAUCGCCGCCGUCCUUCUAGUCCCCGCUUCCAUCCUAACCCUCGCGGCGGGCUACCUCUUUGGAGCCGCGCGCGGCACGGCGAUCACUCUAAUCGCCGCGACGCUCGGCGCGUCGGUGGCGUUCCUCGUCGCGCGGUACGCGGCGCGGCCGUUCGUGGCGCGGCAGCUCGCGGGGCGGCUCGGGGAAGGGCGGUUCGAGGCGCUGGAUCGCGCAAUCUCAGUGGGCGGGUGGCGUAUCGUGCUGCUGUGCCGACUGUCGCCUAUUUUCCCAUUUUCCAUCUCAAACUACGUGUUUGGUAUCACAGGCAUCGGGUUUUUCGAGUACAUGGCUGCUUCCUCCCUCGGCAUGCUCCCAGCUACUUUUGCCUAUGUCUACCUGGGUGGAGCAGGCCGUGUGGCUCUUGAUGCGGUUACCGAUGCAACCGUAACCACGACUGCUGCUGCUGGUGCUGGGUCUGGGUUGGAUCCGGUGCAGGUGGGUUUGUAUGUGGUGGGGGCGGUGGCAACGCUGCUGGUUACCAGAGAGGUUUCAUCACGUGCGACCAAGGCACUGGAGGAAGCUGCUGCAGAAGCUUCUGCUGAUGCUGCUGGGGCUGCUGCUGCUGCUGCUGCUGCUGCUGCUACUGAUGGAAGGGUGGGUAAGGAGGAAUAG